AUGUCCUUCACCAGAACGGCCCUCCGUACUUCCCUGCGUUCUCUCCGGACACCCCGUCCGACACAAUUCACCCGUCAAUAUGCUUCGGAACCCUCGCAGAGCAAAAAAACCUCCGAGAUGCCGAUUGCCGUGGCAGUGGCGACCGUCACCGCCGCAGGAGGCUACUACCUCCUCCAGUCUGGUCCGGAAGGCAAACCCCAACAUGAAAGUGAUGAAAGUAAGCAAUACGCCAAGGGCGAAGCGAUUGAAUCUGUAUCCAAAGCCAGUGAGGCUACGCUUCAGCCGGACCGCGACGCAGACCAGAAGGUUUCUUCAUCUGGAUCGAGUGGUGGUGGUUCACUAGGACAGCCGCCUUCGAAUAUAGAUCCUGCGGGCGCGCGCAAGGAAGAAGGUGGUGCUGGAACAAUUUCCGGGAAACAGGCCGGUCUAUCUAAUGCUACCACGGAUAACCCGUUCAUCAAUGAGCCGGGUAAGAGUAAAAAGGGCGAAGGCGAGACUGAAACGGCCAAGGUCAAGGGAUCAGUAUCUCCAAGCCGGCCUCAAGUGUGA